UUAGUUUACAUUUAGAUCUAGCUAGAUCUAUAUAGAUCUAGAAAAUAAUCUAUAUAAAAUCUCUAGUCUAGAUAGAUUCUAGUCUAUAUCUAGAUUAGAUUCUAGAUCUAUACUCUAAAAAAUAUAAAUUUAUAAUAGUUCUAGAUUUAGAUCUAGACGAGUAGUACUAGCUCUAGUAGAAUUCCAGACUACUGACUAGUCUAGCCUGGUCUAAGUCUAGAGUCUAGACUCUAGACUGACUAGACUAAGACAGUCUAGAGUCUCAGUCUAAGUCUAGAUUCUAGUCACUCUAGAGUCUAGACUCAGUCAGUCUAGUGAAGUCUAGUGACAGUCAGAGUCAGUCUGACUCGGUCUCAGACUAAUAAAUAAAUAAUUAGAUCUAGAUUAUCAUUCUUCAUUCUUCUAUUCUAAAUAAUAAGACUCAUUAUCAUGACAUUACCGUUGUGUUGUAAUAUUUUAUAAUUAAUUAAUAAUUAUUAGAUUCAAGACAGUGGACUCCUAUGACUUUAAAAUUUAAACUUGACUCAACUUGACUGUCACUUAGUCAGUUAGUGUAGUCAGUCUCAAAAGUUAAAAUAAAAAGAGUCAGGACUAGUUAAUAAUAAUAAAAUAUAUACACACUAGAUAGAGUCUCUAUCUCCAGAAUAUAAUAAGACUAAUCAAUCUAGAUAAGAAUAUGAUAUAAUCUAUAGUCUAUAGUCAAUAGUGUCUCUAUAAACUCUAUUAUUCUUGACUUAGAGUUAGAAAUCAGUGCUGAAAAGAGCAAAAUGCUAGUUUGUGGUGGAGAUAGAUCUAGUAUGAGAUGUUACAUAAACAAACUGUUGAAUGACCAAACAUUAGUAUUAGAAGUUGACUCAUUUAAUCACAGGGUCAAACAUAACAUGAGAUGAAGGAUCAAUAAAAGAUAAAAACCAGUUUAGGCUUGGCGUCCGCUGCCAUAAGCAAACUGUUGAAAAUCUGGAAGAGUAGCAUCAGCUUCCCAAUAAAAUUUAAAAUAUUUUUCCCUAGUCCUAGUGUUCUCUAUACUCCUUUAUGGUUGUUAAAGUUGGACACUGAAUGAUGAAGCUGAAAAAAAGAAUUCAAGUCUUUAAGAGUAAAAAUGCUGUGUAUCAGAUACCAGGAAAAGAAGACAAUGAGUUUGUAUUUUACAAGUCAAUACUCUGGCUGGCAAAAAGGAAGAACAACUCUCUCUAUACAGUGAAGAUAUGAAAGCUGAGCUGGUUUGGUCAUAUUAUAAGACAUGACUGAUUAUCAAAAGUACCCGGUACUGUGGAAGGAGUAUAAAGAAAAGGUUGUCCAAAGAAAAGCUAACUGGAUAACUUAAAAGUAUAGACGGACCUCUCUCUCUUGAUAUCCUUCAAUGAACGCUGACCAGGAAAAGUGGAGGGAUUUGGUUACGCGAACUGUCACAACACUUGUCAAGGAGCAGAUUAGAUGAGAUAUAAGAGAUCAUGACGAUAGACUCUAAUGAUCUAUAAACUCAGUCAUUAUUAAUAUUGGUCAUAUAUAUAGAAUAAUAUAGAUCUAGACUUAUAGAUGUAUCUAAAUAGACAAUAGAUGAUAAUGAUAGAUCAGAUCUGGUCUAGAUACUGAUGCAGCGAUUGGAUUAGUUUAUUAAAUUAGAUGAUUAGUAUAUCUAGAUACUAGAGUCACUACUCAUUUAGCCACUAGGGCGACUAUGUCUAGAUAUUAGAGAGCAAGUACUAGUAGUCAAUAGAUCUAGUAGAGUCAGAGUAUGAUAGAAUCUAGAUCUAGAUUAAUUCUAGAUCUACAAUGUCUACAUAUAUAUAUUCUAUUUAUCAUCUAGAUCUAGAGACAAACUAGACACUCCUCAGUUGUAGAUCUCGACUGACAUCUAACUAGACUGUCAACCUAGUCUCUAGCUAAUCCAGAUUAGUAGAUCAGUCUUAUGCAGCCAGAAAUCUAGAAUUAGAAUCUAAACAUAAAUUAGAUGAAGAAUCAUAAUAAUUGAGUUUUUAAGGUUGGACUAGUCAGCCUCAACAGAAACUCUACUAGAGUUUUAAGUCUAGACCAGUAUUUAUCAAGCUUUUUGCAUGUGAAACCAUGAAAAAAAGUGCAUUUACGCCUGUAAUAAUAUGCUUAAUCAUCUUGGUGUUUUAAUAAGCAACAAUGAUGAAGAAAAAGUCUUUGAAAAGACAGACUUCACAGACAGUCAUAGCCUACUUGUGAGAAAUUUGUUCUGACAAGAGAAAACCAAAUUUUUAUUUAUAAUCAUGUUCUUGGAGAUGAACCAAAAUGUCUUCUAACAAUACAAUAGGAGUGCCUUGACAUUGGAGUUAAAGAUUCUUAUUUUAGUCUUGUUAGAGAUGUGGGGAGAUUUCCAGGUUGGUUUUAGGUGUGCAAAUGUCUGCCUCUGUUCCACUUGUUACCCUGACUACACUCCCAAGGUAUAUAAAAUUAUGGUCUGAGAAACCAGUUCUAUGUCUCCACUUUUGUAUUUUUGAUGGUUUAUUUUGAGGUCUACUCUUUUUCCUACUUCACUUAAAGCUGUGACAUAUUUGUGCAUAGUCUGUGUGAUAAUAAGGCUGUCUUCUUGAUGAAGCUUGAGCCCUGAUUUUGAAUUCAAGUUGUAGGGUUAUCUGCAACAUGGCAGUGAUUGUAAAUUUGUGCAAUUGGACAUCUCUGUUUUUAAUCAACCUUGCAUCUGCUAUAUCCUGAAAAACAACUUUUCAACUUAAGUUUGCUUAUCAACAUCAUUUGCAUUUUAUCCGUGUUGCCCUGUACUUUUUAAAAAUGUCUGAAUCUGAGCCUAAUGAAAUUUCAACCAUCAUUAUUAAAUUGGAACCACCUGCAGAUAAUGAAGACUCAUCCAAAGUUAUUAAGUCUGAAUCUGUUGGUAAUGAAGAUUCCCCCCAAAAACGCACAUCAAAACCAUUGGCUAAUGGACGAUUAGCAAAAAAUAGCAAGUCUGAACCUGCAAAUACUAAGACCUCAGCUAGAAAGAUUAAAUCAAAACCAUUGGAUAGUGGAAAGUCUGUAAAAAAGAUUAAAUCAAAACCUUCAGAAAAUGGAGACUCUGGCAAAAAGAAGUCAAAAUCGGAGGAUGAAAGUUCAGAAAACAAUAAAAAGAAAAAAAAGUGGUACACUCAAAGUUUUCUGGAACGCUGGCUAGAAGAUCCAGAGCUAGCAGACUGGUUGCAAGGAGACAAGGAUGAUCCAUCCACUUGUUAUUGCACAUGCUGCCAAGUUAUGUUGAAAAACUCCAACAGGAGCAUGCUCCUGUCACAUAAAAAGACCAUGAAGCACCAAAGAGCAUUUGCUGGUAUUCCCAAGGCUAGUUCAUGCAAGAAAAAAAAGCUGUCAUGUGCUGAAAACAUUGCUAGGGCAGAGCUGCUCCUAUCUUGUUUCUUUACAGAACAUCAGUUACCUUUCUACUACAUUGAUCACCUGAUUGAAGUCUGUCGAAAUGGUUUUCAUGACUGUAAAGUGGCCAGAAGGAUAAACCUUAAGAAAUAUAAAAUGGCCUACUUGGUGCAGGAUGGCAUUGCUUACCACGAGAAAGAAGAGAUAGCUGAAAUUUGCAGAACUCAGAAAUUUUCUAUCAUGAUUGAUGAAAACAUAGAUAUGACGAUUGCUAACCUCACAGCAGUGGUAGUUCGAUUUUUUGACACACACAAAUUGGAUCUAGUGGAUGUUUUAUUUGACACUAUAUCUCCAGACUCCGGAAAUAAUGAAGACAUCUACAUUGCUGUCAAAAUGUUGUUUAUUAAUAAAAAUAUUCCACUUGAAAACAUAAUAGGAUUUGGUGGUGAUAACUGCUUGAGCGGUGUAUUCAAUCUACUGAAAGAUGAAGUCCCAACUGUGUUUGGAAUAGGUUGUGACUGCCAUUCCCUUUCUCUGUGUUUUACACAUGCCAUUAAAAUGCUACCAUCCUAUUUGGAAGUGUUUUUACGUGACAUAGCAUCCUACUUUGUCAACAGUGGAAAACAACUGACUAGCUAUGGAAUAAAUGUUGAAAUAGUGCAUUCAGUCCAGAAUAAAGUUCAGGAACUGUCAUCAGUUAGAUGGCUAUCCUAUGAAAAUAUAAUCAAUGUUGUUCUAGACCAGUGGAUUGUUUUAACUCAAUAUUUUCAGUCAGAUUCAAAAACUGAUAAAAUAGAUACUUCACAGCAAAUCUAUGCCACAAUGAUAACCAGAGGCACAAAACACAUGCUGUUGUUUCUACAAUACAUUUUACAGAAAGUUAACGCUUUCAACACAGAAUUUCAGUCAAAUGAGUUCAGAAUUCACCUUUUGCAUUCAUUGAUCUCACAAACAUAUUGUGAUGUUCUGAGCUGCUUUAUUGAUGACGAUAUUUUAUUGAAACAAAAGCUCUCUGAGAUUGAUCCUACUGACACUAACAUUUACAAAAAUUUAGAUGACAUCUUUCUCGGUGGCAAAGCUAUGGCUCUUCUAUAUCAAGAACCUUUAAAUGAAGACACCGAUCAAUUCAAAGCUAGCUGUUUAUUAUUUCUUAUAGAGCUUGCCAGCCAGAUUAAAAGUAACUUUCCAAUUGAUGAAGAGGGGAUUGUCGCUAGCUUAAGUAUCUUAGAUCCAGCUGUGGCUCAAGACCCCAAAAGACUGACAACUGCUAUGCCAAAGCUAUCAUCUCAGUUCUCCAUUCUUAUUCCUGAGGAUAAGACAAAAGAGUUGAACGAUCAAUGGUUGAAAUUUCGUGUUUCUAGAGAAUAUUUAAGUUCAGCAGCAACAAUUCCACAGUACUGGUAUUUGCUGCGCAACAUUAAGGAUCCCUCUGGUGUGGCACAAUUUGAUGUUCUCUCAGAGUUUAUGACUAGCUUGUCAGUGCUUCCUCACUUUUCCACAGGAGUAGAAAACAUUUUUGCUGAAAUAAAUAUGUUAAAAAUGAGGUACCCCAACCCGUUAAAGUCAGAGGCUGUUAAAGACCGCUUGAUAGCCAAGCAAAUGCUGUCCAGGAAAAAUGCCACUUGCUGCACUUGGGAACCUAGCAAGGAACUUAUAAAAGAUACUGUCUCUGGAGAUUGCUUGAAACGCUUUGAAAUGAGAAUGGAACUUUAUAGAGCUAUAUCUGGAGACUAUGAAAACUUGGACAUAGAGUAUUUAGAUUCAGAAUAGGUACUUGCUACUUGUAGUCAUUAUUUAUUAUCAAAGGAUGUUUAGGAAAUCGAGGAGCUAAAUAUCUUUGGUUUCUUUAUGUUGUAUAUAUAUACAAGAUACAUUUGGCCACCUUUAUUUUUUCUCAAAUUUCUGUGUUACUAAUGAUACAUUCAUGUAUGCAUACAACAUAGAACCUAACACCAAAGCUGGACCUACUAAAAUAUAACUGUCUACCAGACCACUUGCUAAACUUCACCCCUUUCUCCUUACAUUUGUAAUCCCUGUUUAUUUAUGUGGUGAGAUAUUUUAUAAUUCUUUACAUUAAUAACUACUAGUGUUACUGCCUUUUAUCAUCUAAUAACUGUCAUUGUGAUAUAUAUUAUUAAGUAAGUAAGAAUCAUUCAUCCAAAGUGACCAAAUCCUUAAUCCUUAGCAUUGCAAAGCAUUUGAUGGCUGUCUGGUAUUGUGGUAUGCGCUCUAUGAUCCUGGAUUUGAACCUGCCAUCCCCCACCAUCCUGCGUGAGGUAAAACAAAGUUUUAAAUGAGAGUAUCACUUUUUUAGGUAAUCUCCUUACUAGGCCACCAAGCUCCAUCUGCUAAAAUUUCCAUUUUUUUCGACCCCUCACCUGUCAUAAAGGACAUUUGUACUGGGUUCAGUUUUUAAGUCAUGCUAGAGGCCCAGGGACUAUUCGAAGUGCAUAUUUUUAUGAAUUUUUUUUUUUACAUGCUGCAAACUUUUAAUCCAGUCUGUAAGAAGCUUGAAUGUAGUAUAUCAUCUGGCCAGUGUUGUAUUAUUGUUACAAUAGUUUUGAUUCUUUUAUGUGAGAGUGACAGAGUUACUGUGGUUUGGGGUGAUUAAUCUGUCUCUGUAUUUUCAGAAGUUAAAUCUGAUGAUCCAAUAUCCAACUGCCUGGGAUUCUUAUAAUGGUGAAGAACCAACACAACUCCUCUAAAUAAUUAAAAUUUUCAAUUUGAAAUAAUAAAACUAGAGAUCACAUAAUAAUAAUAAUUUCACAGAAGUCUUAGCUUGAAGCUUUGACUCAAUGAACUGAUUAGAACCCUGACACCAACUCUCAUUGAUUUAUAGUUUGUCCCAAACUCAGAAAUUGAAAUGUCUAAUAUUUGAAAUUAUCUCCCCUAUUUACUCUUCAGUGUAGAAACUUGAAGCUACCAGUAGCCAAUGUGUAAUAAAUAAAAAAAUAUGAAAAUAAAAUAAAAAAACAACUUUGGGCCUUAUAUCCCAGAAACAAGAAAAUUACUAUGUCUUUUAUUAAUGUUCAGUUUAAUAAAAGAUAAUGUGAAAACAUGUUUUUCUUGUAUUGCUGAUAUAAGAGAAUUAGCCUAUUGAAAGAAUUUUAACUAAUUUUGAUAAUUUAUUGUGUUUUUAUUUUUUGUAAGUGUAAAAUAAGUUACUUCCGUAUUGUAUUCUAUCUAAUUGUUUAACUGUGUUCAUUGUAUAUACUAAAUGUAAUUAUUGCUUUCUUUAGAUAGCAAUCUUGGUAGUGAUAACUUACUUGAAUGAAAAUACCUGAAACAAUUCCAUGGGACUCUUAAGCAUCAGAUGAUUAGGCAUAUUAAUACAUACCUUACCCAAUACAUGUAAAUAUGGAUCUACCUAAAAGACCAACUUUUCUAUCUGGUUUGACUAUAGCUAGUGUCCAAUAUUUGGACAUCAUUAGUGCUGCCUGCAUCUGUUGAUGUUGUUUUUCAUUGUCAAACUACUUUGUAUUCGUUGCAAGUGCCUUUCAAGUCAUGUAUAUAAAAGUUCACAUAUGAAUCACUUUCAAUAUUAAUUCCAACAAAUUUGUGGACAGGUAAAUUGUGUGUGUGUGUAAAAAAAAAAGGGGGGGGGGGAUAAUUAUAUGUAAGUGUAUGCUUAAAAAGGUGGAACCUAUUAAUUGAUGUAUUGUGCACUUCUUUUGUGUCAUUUUAUUGCUCAUUCUUGUUCAAAUAAUUGAAUUCAUGUUAUAAUGUAGACCUACAUGUCUUUGAAUAAAUGAUUUAAUAGAUUCA